AUGUCUUCUCAGGAGAGCGAGGAGCGUGAAAUGGCCAGACCCGGUGACUUGGCUACUCUUGUCAACGGACUGCUCGAAUCCAUUGCUUCUGUGGAUAGCGAAGCACCGAAAUUGGCGGUUUCUUCUACCUAUGCAGAACUUGUUAAUGGCGUAAACGAGCCAUCCGAGGUGACUAAGAAAGGACAGACAGUGGCUAUCAGUGUUGGAAAACAAGUGGCUGAUGGUGUUAAUAAACCACCUGCCAUUGAUACUCUUGACCACCCUCAGCCACAUCAGCAGCAAUUGAUGUCAACUGAAAUGUCUUCUGCCUCUGGUUUGACUUCGGUGUCAGCACCUUUGGGUGGCAAGACCCGAGAAUUUAUGGAAGCCAAGCAGCUCGUUGAUCAAAUGACUGAUCAGAAGAAGAGUGAGUAUACACGCAUACAUGCACACAGUACAUGGUGUGAGUCAUUAUGA